CGUCCCGUGCGCGCCCACCAGGCGCCGCGCCCGCUCGCGGCGGGGACCCGGCCGGUGCGCGGCAGACCUCCGGCCCCGCGGCGGCGCCUCUCGCUGCCCGCUCCGUGCCGGGCCCGGCGGGCGGCGCUGCCCGCUCCGGGGCGAUGCGCUGAGCGCGCCGAGGGCCGAGCUCUGGGACGACGGCGGCGGGUGGAGCCGAGCCCAUGGAGCCGGCGGGUACCCGGCGGAGCCGGCGGACGCCGCCGCCGCUGCUGUUGCUGCCGUUGCUCGUGCAGGUGGCGGGGCCGGCGGGCGCCCUGGCCGAGACCCUGCUGGACGCGCCGCGGGCCAUGGGCACCAGCUCCAGCCCGCCCAGCCCCGCGAGCGUGGUGGCUCCGGGCACGACGCCGUUCGAGGAGAGCCGACUGCCCGUGUUCACCCUGGAUUACCCCCACGUGCAGAUCCCCUUCGAGAUCACCCUGUGGAUCCUGCUGGCCUCCCUGGCCAAGAUCGGCUUCCAUCUGUAUCACAAGUUACCCACCAUAGUGCCUGAGAGCUGCCUCCUCAUCAUGGUUGGACUUCUGCUGGGUGGGAUUAUUUUUGGAGUGGAUGAGAAAUCCCCCCCGGCCAUGAAGACGGAUGUGUUUUUCCUGUACCUCCUCCCCCCCAUCGUGCUCGAUGCGGGCUAUUUCAUGCCCACCCGCCCGUUCUUCGAGAACAUUGGCACCAUCUUCUGGUACGCCGUGGUCGGAACGCUUUGGAAUUCCAUCGGCAUCGGGGUGUCUCUGUUUGGGAUCUGCCAGAUCGAAGCCUUCGGCCUGAGUGACAUCACUUUGCUCCAGAACCUGCUCUUUGGCAGCUUAAUCUCGGCUGUGGACCCCGUGGCCGUGCUCGCCGUCUUCGAGAAUAUCCACGUCAACGAGCAGCUCUACAUCCUGGUCUUUGGGGAGUCCCUGCUGAAUGAUGCCGUGACAGUGGUCUUGUACAACCUGUUCAAGUCUUUCUGUCAGAUGAAGACCAUCGAGACCAUCGACGUGUUUGCCGGAAUCGCCAACUUCUUCGUCGUGGGGAUUGGCGGGGUGCUGAUUGGCAUCUUCCUGGGCUUCAUCGCCGCGUUCACCACUCGCUUCACACACAACAUCCGCGUGAUCGAGCCGCUCUUCGUCUUCCUGUACAGCUAUCUGUCCUACAUCACAGCCGAGAUGUUCCACCUGUCAGGCAUUAUGGCAAUCACAGCCUGUGCAAUGACCAUGAAUAAGUACGUGGAAGAAAACGUGUCCCAGAAAUCCUACACGACCAUCAAGUAUUUCAUGAAGAUGCUGAGCAGCGUCAGUGAGACCCUGAUCUUCAUCUUCAUGGGCGUGUCCACCGUCGGGAAGAACCACGAGUGGAACUGGGCCUUCGUCUGCUUCACCCUGGCCUUCUGCCUGAUCUGGAGGGCGCUGGGUGUCUUUGUCCUGACUCAGGCCAUUAACUGGUUCCGGACCAUCCCGCUGACCUUCAAGGACCAGUUCAUCAUUGCCUACGGUGGGCUCCGCGGGGCCAUCUGCUUCGCGCUGGUGUUCCUCCUUCCUGCCGCCGUGUUUCCCCGGAAAAAGCUGUUCAUCACGGCGGCAAUAGUGGUCAUAUUUUUCACUGUCUUCAUCCUGGGAAUAACUAUCCGACCGCUGGUGGAGUUCCUUGAUGUUAAGAGGUCCAAUAAGAAACAGCAAGCUGUCAGUGAGGAAAUCCAUUGUCGGUUUUUUGAUCACGUGAAGACUGGGAUUGAAGAUGUUUGCGGACACUGGGGUCACAACUUUUGGAGAGACAAGUUUAAGAAGUUUGAUGACAAGUACCUGCGGAGGCUUUUGAUUCGGGAGAACCAACCCAAGUCAAGCAUUGUGUCUCUAUAUAAAAAGCUUGAAAUAAAACAUGCCAUUGAGAUGGCAGAGACGGGAAUGAUAAGUACUGUCCCUUCUUUUGCAUCUCUGAAUGACUGUCGUGAAGAAAAAAUAAGGAAGCUCACACCUGGUGAAAUGGAUGAAAUUCGAGAAAUAUUAUCAAGAAAUCUCUAUCAGAUCCGUCAGCGAACUUUGUCCUACAACCGACACAAUCUGACUGCCGACACGAGUGAGAGGCAAGCCAAGGAGAUCCUGAUCCGGCGAAGGCACAGCCUUCGGGAAAGCAUUCGGAAGGACAGCAGCUUGAAUCGGGAGCACAGGGCUUCCACCUCAACCUCCCGAUAUUUAUCCUUACCAAAAAAUACAAAGCUUCCAGAAAAGCUACAAAAGAAAAAGAAUAUUUCUAAUGCAGGUGGCAACAGCAGCGACUCAGACCCAGACGUCGGGACCACCGUCCUCAAUCUGCAGCCCCGAGCCAGGCGCUUCUUGCCAGAACCGUUCUCCAAGAAAGCCCCCCAGGCCUAUAAAAUGGAAUGGAAGAACGAGGUAGAUGCUGAUUCCGGGCAAGGGCAGCCCUGCAGCUCCCCAGCUGCCCACGGCAAAGAGGGGGGCCCCCAGGCCCCAGGCGUGCUCUGCCAGCCCCUCCUCUCCAAAGGCCCCUUUGGCUCCGUGUGGGGUGACCCUAUGAACGAAGGCAUCCGACCCAAGGCGCCACCUAGGUUGGUCCGAAGGGCAUCAGAACCUGGAAACCGGAAAGGUCGAUUCGGGAGUGAGAAGCCUUAAUGGAAAUGGCCAAAGCAGACCUGGGGGGCCCGGCCCUGCCCAGCUGUGGCUGCUUACCCGGCAACCUGACACAGCAAGGGAAUCCACUUCCAACCCUCUGUGCAUCUAAGUACUGUCCUUGGGUGGCAGAGCCAUGCCUUUGAUCCAUGGGGCGAAUGCUUAUCCCAAGAAGAAGAAAAUCAAACAAGCAAAAGCCCCAUAAAAUGUCUCAUAUGACCCGUUGCUAGCAGUUGUAUUCUUUGCAAGCCUGAAGAAAAAAAAGCCACGUGUGCCUUUAUUGAACUUGAAGGACAGAACUUGAAAUUUUUAACACACCCUUGUUGGUGAAAGUUUUAAUAUAUACAUAUAUGCCUCAGAUUUUAUUUAUGAAAAAAAAAUGUAUAUCUGUAAUUAGUUUUUCAGUGAACGGCACUAAAAAUACUCAGAACACCUUUGCAUGGCAUCCAGGGCAGCUCCUAGAGGAUGGGGGGAGGGCAUCAGCUCGGGGUGGAGGUGUUUCCUGAUCCUGAGCUGAUGCCAGUUGGUUAAGGAAAAGCACAGCACGGAGCAGGGACCCCUGAGGACGGCAACAGCCAGAGCAUCUAGGCAGAACCUCGUGGCCUGGCUCCCAGAGUGUAGCGCCUAUGAAAUAAUGAGAGUCAGGUGGUUUUCAAUUUGUUCCUCGUCUGCUGCGUGUUUUGGGUGACAUCUAGAUUCCAUCUCCCCGUCGUGUUUAAAUGGUACAAAGAGAAGGGCUGUGUGGGUGAAACCAGCUUAUGCUGUAUGCCAGACUCAGAGCCAGCUUGGGAUGAAGUUUGGUCUCACGUGGUGGGUGUGGAGAUGACAGGGCGGCGCCUGCGCAGCUGGCUGCCGGGUUUUAUGUUGUGCAAUACUGGGAGGAGGAUGCAGGAGAUCCCGUCACGCCCACCCGCAGCCACCUGCUUUAGACCUUUCCUGUAGCACAUUCUAGAACUUUGAAUCCAGGACAGAGGCUCCAAGCAGACAAAGAUAAAAGUAGGGAUAAACAAUAUUCCAAUGUUUAACAAAUUGGUGAGAAUUCAGGUUUUGAAUUUUAUGCAGGAAGCACUUUGGAGAAUGUGGGAGUUCUCUUUUUUUUGCACUAGUCAGUCUGUAAUUUGUUACCUCUCCCCCCCCUCAAGAAAGUAGUAGCUCAAAUUCUUCAUCUAAAAACGAAUUCUACUCAUCUGAGUACUUUUUAAAAGUACAGCAGAAAGACAAGAAGUGGAACAUAAUCAUUAAAGAUUAAUAUUGGAAUCUCUCAGACUAUAGAUUUUAUUGGCCUGUCACUUUUCCCAGAAAAACCCCCUCUUUAAAACUUGACUAGAACAAGACUCAAAAUUUCUGGGUUUAGAUAUGAGACGAAGCCACUCAUGUAGUCCCUUGGAUUCACACUGGAGAUACAGCAAAGGAGACAAGUGACCACAUACAAUUGCUGGAAAAAUAUGAAUAAAUUAAACAAAAAGAUCCGGUACUUAGAAAUCCUCAGUCGUAAAUCUUAUCCCUUCCUUCUUCCUCCACCAACGUGAAGUCAAUCUUCUACCUUUUUUUCUCAUGUUCUAAAAUCUGGGAAUACUGCUAGAUUGUUGGGCGUGAGACAGAGGGAAGGGUAAACACACAAGGUACAAGUUCAAAAGUGCACGAUUUCUUUCCCAAACUCUCCCAGGUUGAUCAGUGGAAAGCAGUGUAGACGUAAUUUGAAAACUACAAGUUUAGGACCCUGUGCCAAAAUUCUUAAUUUUAAAUGGAAAUAUUUAUAUAUAAAAUAUAUAUAUGUAUUUCAUCUGCUGGAAAUAAAUUAAAACUGACUUUUCAUUUAGAAUUUUCAUUAUAGGACUAUGAUUCAUCCAGAGAUGUGAUGUAUAUUUUUGAGAGUUUGAAGACUAAGUGACAGUUUAUGAAAUCUGAAAAGGAAGGCUGAAAUGUAAAAUGAUCUUAAAAAUGAAUUUCCUGAUUUUUCUUGGUGUCCUAGAUUAAUAAAUAUUAGAAGGAGUCUAACGUUCUGGAACGGAAGGAGAAAAACAUGGAAAUGUUUAUUAUGAUACUUCUUGUUAAGCACGCAGACCAAAUUCAGCUUUCACCAAUUAAAAGUCAGGUAAAACACUUGGAUGACAUUGUGUAAAUUUCUAAAAAGGAACACUUAUGUCAUUUCAUCUUUAUUAUCAGUUUAAAUUUUUCCUUAUCUGUGGAAUGAUAAAAUCGAUGAAAAAGGAAUUUGACUUUAGUUUUUUCUCUGUACCUUCUUUUUAUGAAAUUAUUAAUUUCUAGACACUACAGGAGGAGAGGGUAUGGAGUUGAAACCCUUUAACUAAAUGUCACAACAAUCUAAAUUUCUGCAGUACAGAAACAUCCCUGCCCUUGUAAAUGAUUCCCUUGUUUCAGACAACACUUGAUCCGGCCAAGGUUCCAAUGUGACUGUGGAAUUUUGAUGGGUCUUUAAUAUCUGUUGUAAAAAAAGUUGAUUUGAACUGUUUACAAAGUCAGGGCUUAUUUCUUUAUAUGUGACGCUAAGGCCGAUUACUGGGAGCAGUUAUGUCAGUUAGCAAACGAUUAGAAAUCGGCCCCGAAGUCUGACACUUUUUAGAAACAUGCGUUUGCUGUAUAUGCCCCCAAACAUUCAGGGUGAAAUUCCCUUCGGCUUUUGCUAAGUUUUGGAGUCGGGGUGUACUGUUUUAUCUGGGGUGGGGCAUGUUUGUUUAUAUAAGAAGCGAGAAGCAGUUAUUUAUUACGUGUCUCAGCACAUUUUGCAUCUGUUGCAUUGCCCAAAUCAUGUUUAUGUUAAAACUGGAAUUUCACAAACGAGUAUGAGAACUAUUUUAUUAGUUCCUAGUGCAUACUUUACUCUUUCAAGAGUGAUUGAAGGGUUUCUUUGUGCAGUUGAAGUAGCUGUGACAUUAUCUGUUGAGGCCUGAACACUGAAUAUUGAUUCCCUUCAUCAGCUUGAACAAGUCAGGCUCAUGAAUCAGAACUGUCUGGUGAUCUGGGGUUUUCUGGUUCGUUUUUUUUUUCUCCACUCUUAGAGCAAAAUGGGUAGUUUGCUGGGUUUUUUGUUUUGUUUUUUUUUGAUGUGAACCAUUUUUUUAAAGUCUUUAUUGAAUUUGUUACCAUAUUGCUUCUGUUUUAUAUUUUGGUUUUUUGGCGGCAAGGCAUGUGGGAUCUUAGCUCCCUGACCAGGGAUUGAACCCACACCCCCUGCGUUGGAAGGCAAAGUCUUAACCACAGGACCGCCAGGGAAGUCCCAGCUUGCUGGUAUUUUAUAUCCCACAUUUUAACCAGGUCCUUUCUUUAACCUACCUGUAAGGCAAGUGAGAGCCCCAGCUGGUAACUGCUGCCUGGCAGGGACCAUAGCUCUCGUCCACGAGAAGUGACAAGAAAUGACAGCUCCCUUUGGAAUUUUUCCCAAUGUCAUUCACUCCCCACGUGGCUGGCACCCUCAGACGGUCGGUCAGCAGAUGGUGGCCAAAUACCCACAUGGUUGGUUAGUUGUUGAGUGUUUUCAGUGUUCCGCUGGCACAUCAUUUUCCAAUCCCUUUUAUAUUUCUAGUUUUCUACAAUUUUUUUUCAAAUAAAGUUCUACUUGACUAUACCUCUCAGAAUAGUCAAUAAACUGUGGGUCAGUUCUCAUACCGUUCUGGUCAGGUAAUGAGUUCUUCUGUGUGCAGAGUUAACCUAGCUACUGUAAAUGGACGGUCACGUUUCAACCCGCAUGGCGUAUUGAUUCUUUUGGAUGGCUCGGGACCUUUCAGUCUGUCACAGAGGUUUUAUGAGGACCCAUCAUCCUCGUAUUGUAGGGUGGAGAAAAUCCCUCUGUGAGAUGCCCGGCCGACUUAAUGCUGGACAUACUGGUGGUGACUUUUCUGAUUUUCACUUCUGUAACGAAAUACUUUGAAUUAAAUAUUCAAAUGUGUUCCCCUUUUUUAUUUCAUUGGGUCCUGCUGAGCCCUAAGUACAAGCGGUAACUGAGCUUCUAAUUUAAACGAGGCCUCCAGUUACAGUAUCUGUGCCAAACAGAAAUUUUACGUGUGUACGCUGACAAAGGAGCGCUUCUCCUGGUUUCUGCGAAAUGUCGUACAGAAGUUUAAAAUAUUAAGUUACAUGGAAACGUAUAGUUAAUCACUAUGGAGAAAAUAAUACAUCACAUGAAACCAGGAAAGCCCCAGAAAUUCCAACUUUUAUAUUUAUACAUCAAAACCAUUCUCAUUUGUACUAAAUGGGGUCAUGAGAGCUGGAAUUUGUGAAAGAAGAAUUUUUAAGAGUAUUAAAGUAGUUUCAGGGCCUUCCCUGGUGGCGCAGUGGUUGAGAAUCCGCCUGCCGAUGCAGGGGACACGGGUUCGAGCCCUGGUCUGGGAAGAUCCCACAUGCCGCGGAGCAACUAAGCCCGUGCGCCACAACUACUGAGCCUGCGCUCUAGAGCCCGCGAGCCACAACUACUGAGCCCAUGUGCCGCAACUACGGAAGCCCACGUGCCUACAGCCCAGGCUCCACAACGAGAGAAGCCACUGCAAUGAGAAACCCGCACACUCCAACGAAGAGCAGCCCCCGCGCUCCGCAACUAGAGAAAGCCCGCGCGCAGCAACGAACACCCAA